CGCUAUCACGUGCCACGAACUUACAUUGGCCCAAGGAACCCAAUAUUUUGACCAUUUUUCCGCUCGUACUCCCUCCAAAGCCUAUAUACCGCACCUUGUUUUCGAGCAACUAAGCGAGAAACAACUCGCAACGAGCGGUGUCAUGGGCAAACGAAAUCAUCCGGGGUCGUCGACAGUGGAUGAGGGAUCACGAGCCAAACGACGGAAAGACCAGCCGUCAUCUUCAGACGUCGAUGUAACCAUGUCGGAUCCAGUAAAUCCCAUUUCCGAGGGCGAAGUGGCCAGCGAGGAUGAGGUCAGAGAGCAGGGAAUGAAGAUUUGGCAGACGGUGAAGGACGCAGUCAACAAAGACGGUAGAUCUCUGUCCACCCUUUUCCUCACCAAACCCCUUAAACGUCAAUACCCCGACUAUUUCGAGCUAAUCAAGCAGCCUAUUGCCCUCGACGAUAUCAAGAAAAAACUCAAUUCCCAUGCCUAUCCUAACCUCGAGGCCGUAAAGUUCGAUUUCGACUUGUGUUUCACCAACGCAAAAAACUAUAAUCACCCAGACAGCGUAAUCUGGCAGGAUGCAAAGGACUUGCAAAAACUUGCUAGCAAAACGUACAAGGAGCUGACUAGGACGGAAGUUGGCGAAGAUGGCAAGAAGAAAAACAAACCUCCUAGUCUCAGUCGUCUAGCAAAAUCAAGGCUCGAGAAGCUUAUCAGCAAGACUGAUGAUAACGGUCGAACCCUCUCAGCUGAAUUCAUGGAGCUACCGUCUAAGAAAGACUGGGCGAUCUAUUAUAAGGAAAUCAAACACCCUCAAUGUCUAGAGAAUAUAUUUAAACGUGUCAAGCGCAAGGAAUAUGCCACAGCGGAUGAAUUUGCUGAUGAUGUGGAACUAGUCUUUUCAAAUGCUCUGGCUUUUAAUCAAGAACAUACCCUCAUAUGGGAGGAUGCUCUUACUCUUCGAAACGACUUCCGUCGACUAAUGUCAGACUUGCCCCCACCAUUCACGAUUGAGAGGUACUCAAAGCCUACGACCAACAAGAUCAAGAUCAAGGUGCCGGGAGCUGCGUCAAACGCUUCAGUUUCUAAGGCUGCCGCGUCUCAACCUGCUCCGCCAGCGCAUGCACCUGCGCCAGAACCCACAUUACCACACACUUCUACCAUAGCUGUACGGGUCCCACCUGCGAAGAGCACCCCAUUGCCAUCUCCUCCUCAGCCGACGCCGAAACCCGUUGCUCCGGCAGCCACUGUGCGAGCGGUUGCACCGGCACCCGCUCCUUCAGCACCCGCCCCAGUGGCGACUCCCGCAUCAUCAGCACACGUCCCUUCAUCUUCAUCGACUCCUCAACCUCAACCUACGCCUACCAUGCCGCCAGCCCACGCAAACAUUACCUUUUCGCAGUACUCUAAACCGGUUAAUCUAACAAAGGUCAAUGCGGCCGUUGCUCAACCCGCUGCUCCAUCAAAGAACUCUGCCACUCCAGUCCCCAAUCCUCAAGUCGCCAUGGUCGCUCAAACAGCCCAAGCACAUUCAAUGUCCAAGUCACCCCCAGUGAAUUACGCUCAUCAAUUACGUCUUGUUCUGAUUAAGACAGAGCCUCGCGGAAGGCAGUUCAAUCUGGAUCACCGAGAUGGCGUGAGAAGCUGGUCAAUGCUGCUGGGACCAGAAGAUAAGAGCCUCCGUGUUGAGGAGAUAUCCUUUAUGGGCGACGACGAAGAGAGCAGCGGAGGGGAAGAGGAGGUGGAUGAUGAGGAUGCCAUGGAUAUGGAUGCUUCAAUGAAGAAUGGAAAGAAGAAAGUCAAGCGGGGCCGUGGUCGACCACCCAAAGUUCCGAAAGGCGGUGGCGUCAAGGUCAAACCCGUACGCACGACGAAAAAGAAGCCCAAGCUCGGGGAAGUACAAGUGAAAAUUAAUGGAUCGGUUGUUCAGGAGCUGGAGGAGCACAGCAGCAAGUGGUCUGUAGAUGUACCUCUUGGAAGCAGCACGCUGGAAGUAGGUGAGAAGGGAGGUCUGAUAUGGAAAGUGUACACUCAGAGGAUGGCUUAAUCAUAUAUUCGCAUCCUAUCUACUAGUACCUCCUAGUAAUUGGCUAUGCGCACUUGUAUUUUAGCAGUACAUAUUUUUCGGCCUUGAAACUGUCCUUAUGCUCUAUUAGUAUAACAGAUUAUUACUAUUAGCAGCUACAGCAGUCCAUAAGGUUAUCUUAUGUAACAGUAAUCUAUUCACACGUCACUACUGUUCUCUAUUUUCUGUCCGAAGGGAUUGUCCAAUUGGUAUAUCAUCGUCGUCACUCUCUGACUCCGAAUCGGGUUGCGGGAUAUAUCUAUGGUAUCGACCAGGUGUCUCCCCUAUUUCCAGAAGGUAACGAUGCAGCAUGUCCUCCCUUCCUUGAGGCCGCACCUCGUAUCCUUCCGAUCCUCGUCUCACUAGAGCAUGGCUUUCAUCAGGAGAUGAUUCAUCUGACGAAUCAUCUUCAUAA